ACACAAUUCAUAUUUGAGUUUGAUUGCAGCAAUAUCGGGAAGGUGUCGUUUUGUGGGAACAUUUCAAAAAACGUUUCAUUCGAGUCCGCAAAAAUGGCAAGUUUAAGUAUGAAUAAAAUUGGUCAAGAUUCCGAUAGUGACAGUAGCUGUCCGUCAAAGACCUCGGGCCUGGAUCACCUCCGAAUUGCCGCAUUGAAUAAGGGCAUGGCAUUUACAUUGGAGGAACGCCAAGCGUUAGGCAUUCACGGAUUUCUUCCUCCAGCCAUUAAAACGCAAGAACAACAAGUGGAACAUUGCAAGAAAUUUUUAGACACAUUGGACAACGAUCUCAACAAAUACAUCUACUUAAUGGGAUUACUGGAUAGAAAUGAAAAAUUAUUCUUUAAACUGGUAACGGAAAAUGCCGAAAGAAUAAUGCCUCUAGUUUAUACUCCAACGGUCGGUUUGGCUUGUCAAAAAUUCGGCCUAGUCUUCAGGCGCCCCAGGGGGCUCUUCAUUACAAUACACGACAAAGGACACAUUUUCGAUAUUCUCAAGAAUUGGCCUGAACCCGACGUUCGUGCUAUUGUGGUGACAGAUGGAGAACGAAUUUUAGGUUUGGGUGAUUUAGGUGCAUGCGGUAUGGGAAUACCAAUAGGAAAAUUGGCUUUGUAUACCGGUCUAGGAGGCGUUAAACCCCAUUACUGCCUACCAGUCACUUUGGAUGUAGGAACAAAUCGGCAAACAAUGCUGGACGAUCCACUGUACAUUGGGCUUCGGCAGAAGCGUACCACCGGAAAAGCAUACGACGACUUUAUAGACGAAUUUAUGCAAGCAUGUGUUCGUCGCUUCGGGUUAAAUACUUUGAUCCAAUUCGAAGAUUUUGGAAAUCACAACGCGUUUAGAUUACUAGAAAAGUAUCGCGAUAGUUACUGCACUUUUAAUGACGACAUACAGGGUACUGCCAGUGUUGCAGUAGCUGGUGUAUUUGCGUCAUUGCGUUUGACAAAAAAGAAACUGUCCGACAACGUAUUCGUAUUCCAAGGAGCAGGAGAGGCGUCGUUGGGUAUUGCGAAUUUGUGCAAAAUGGCUAUGAUGAAGGAAGGUACCUCUGCGUGUGACGCUUUGAAAAAGAUUUGGAUGAUCGAUUCCAAGGGUUUGAUUGUAAAGAAUCGUCCGGAAGGUGGUAUAAACGAAGAAAAGGCAGUUUAUGCCAGAGAUCAUGCCCCCGUUAAAACUCUCGAAGAAGUUGUGAGGAUAGCAAAACCAACUAUAUUAAUUGGUGCUGCAGCUAUAGGAGGUGCAUUUACACCAACUAUUCUACAAGAAAUGGCCAAAAAUAACGCACGCCCUGUCAUAUUUGCUCUUAGCAAUCCUACAGAUAAAGCAGAAUGCACAGCUGAAGAUUGUUAUAAAUACACCGAUGGAAAAGGAAUAUUUGCCAGUGGAUCACCUUUUGAUCCCGUCACAUACAAAGGAAAAACACUUUAUCCUGGACAAGGAAAUAACUCUUACAUCUUUCCUGGAAUUGGUUUAGGAGUUAUCAGUGUUGGUAUUCGUACUAUUCCUGAGGAAAUAUUUUUGGUUGCUGCUGAAGCUCUCGCAGAAUUGGUUUCAGACAAACAUUUAGACGAGGGACGUGUGUAUCCACCUCUACCUAUGAUCCAAGAGUGUUCAACUGCUAUUGCAGUACAAAUAGCGGAGUAUGCAUAUAAAGAAUGUAUUGCAUCACUACUUCCGCAACCGGAAAAUAUGGAGUCAUUCAUUAAGUCACAAAUGUACAAUACCAAUUACAAACCUGCUCUACCAAGUACCUACUCAUAUCCUAAGUUAUAAUUAGGUAUCUGCAUUUCAUUUUAAUUUAUUUAAAUAUAACUCUUAAUUAUUUAUUUUACCAAAUUAUGUUGAUUAAUGUUGUGGAUUGUGCAAUUUUAAAUAUGUAUGUUUGAUGUUAAUUUAAAAAAUAAAAAAACGAAGCAAUUUUUGAAA